UGCCUUAUUUUUAUAAUAUCAUUACAUUUUUAUUUUAUUUGUGAAGAUUUCAGUUAUUCCCCGAUAUAGGUUAGCGUUUAUAUUAGAUUCACAUUUAUUUGACCUAAUACCUACCUGCAUCUGGAUGAAUGAUGUUACGCAAUUGAAUUUUAUCCAAUCAGAAAAGAGGAAGCAUUCUCAUCCAAAAAAGUAAACAACAAGACAUCUCGACAGGAAAAAUGAAAUUGUCUUUGGCAAUAAUAGGUGUUUGUGUGUUGUGUUUGGUGAAGACAGUCCAGACUACUGAAGAUCCAGCUCCAGCCUGCCAAUUCUGGAACAAGUUAGCCUACAAUCUUUCACAUGCAUCAGAACAAAAUGGGGGUGUUUUACAAUUUGCCUGCAACCAUACGUGCAACAGUGUCUCGUGUAGAGGACAUUUCAAAGCUCCGCCGGUGUUUUCUUUACAUUUCGAGGAAGAUUUAUGUUUUGGAUUGAGACUGAACCAAUGUUCAAGCCCAUUAGCCUUGGACUAUUACAUCAUUGUACCAAAUAGUGGAGUUACCAACUCUGGCUCUAUUUCUCACAAUGAUUCAUUCGACCUUCCAGGUCCAGAGGUUUAUGGCAUCAAAAGUACAAUUGUGGUCAUAGUAGAGAUGGUGAGAGUAAAUGCUACUGCCAUCAAAUUUGGGGUGAACACAAAUGUGAGAGCUAGUUUAGGAGGUUUACCUGGCUUUGAAGAUAAGGAGAAAGUUUUGCCGGAAAUGUACAUUAUUGUGCCACCCUGCACAAGUGGUUCCAAAGCAGUAGGUCCAUUUGAAACCCCAUCAAGUUGUGCUCCGUUACCAAAUAUAUCUACGCAGAAACCUGCUACUACAAGGAAAGGGGUAACAACUGUAAAGCCAGUAAAACGUACAUACAAAAGUUGUGAGUUGGGAGUAGGGAAUUGUAAGAAGAAUGAGAUGUGUAAAGUAAUAUCUGAAAAUCCACUUUCACGAAAUGGGAUCUGUGUUUGUCAACCUGGUGUAGGCUAUGAUGCUGCCACUGGUGCGUGUAGAGCACAGAGUACAAUAUCACCAGAUAAAUCAACUGUUACGAAACCUUCCGCACAUCCAUCUGUGACAGUAGCUCAGACAACAAAAAGCAAGAAGGGAGGAAUUAACACGAAUACAACUGUUAUGAAACCCUCUGCACGCCCCUCUGUGACAGUAGCUCAGACAACAAAAAGCAAGAAGGAAGGAAUUAACACGAAUACAACUGUUAUGAAACCUUCUGCACGCCCCUCUGUGACAGUAGCUCAGACAACAAAAAGCAAAAGUGGAGGAAUUAACAUGACGGCAGUUAUCAUCGGUGCAGUCUUCGGAGGCCUCUUGUUGAUUGUUGUUGUUGUCAGUAUAAUCGUCUUCCUCGGUCGCCGUCGACGACAAGCCAACUAUCGCGGCAGACACCAGCUGCUGUCGGAUAAUGACGAUGAUGAUGACACAAAUGUAGUGAUAUAAAUAGAUGAAAGGGAGACAAUUUCUUAUCAGAAAGCCUGUAUAGUUUCAGAGAAAUCCUUAUGAUUUAAAUUAGCUGAAAAAAAUACUUAAAUGAAAAAUAGAAGAAAAACGGUUUGAGACUACAUUAUUUCAAGUUUUGAAUAUUUUUGCCAGUCAUUACAAGUUUUUACCUAUACUUUUGAAAUUCUGGUAAAAUUUGAACACCAAUCUUGGUGUAAAAGCAAGUUUUGUACAGUUUUUUUUUACGUUUAAUCAUGUUAAUUAAGAUACUGUGAAUAAUAAACACUUCUUAAGGACAUAAUUUGUUUCAAACACUCUUUGAAUCUGUAAUAUUAAAUUUUGAACACUUUUCUUGAUAUUAUUUAUUUCUUAAGGAAUCUCAUUUUAACUGCAUGUUUGUGAACAAAAUUUGAACACUACUUCAGGUUUUAUAGAAAUUCUGAUUAUACCUAAAUUUAUGAAUUUUUGAAAUUACAACUUGUUUUGAUCUUGAACCGUUUUACUUUUUGAACUCUGUACUUACAGUUUAUACAAUUUGAACACAUUUCUAGAAGGUAUGAUUAGUUUUUUGAACACAGGUCAUUUCUGUAAGUUAUAACAUUUUUUUUGAACACUUCUUAAGUAACAACAAAAUGUAACACUUUUUCUUCAAGUUAUAACAUUUUUCCAAACAUUUCUUGUAGCUGGAACAAACUUAAAGCAUUCCUUGAAUCUAUAAUUAGGUAACUUAUUACAAAUUUUAAACACUUCUUAAGAUACAACAAAAUCAACACUUUAAGUUAUAACUUGUUUUAAACAUUUCUUGAAGUUGGAACAAAUAUUUGAACAUUUCUUGAAGCUAUUACUAGUUAUGAAAACUUUUUUUGUAAGUUAUUGCAAUAUUUUUAAGUAAGAGCAAUAUGUGAAUUAUUAUUAUUUUUUUUUUUUUUUUUUUGAAUUUGAACACCUUUCUUUAAAAUAUUGCUUGUUUUGAAUUCUUUCUUUGACUUUAAAUCGGCCUUCAGCUUUUUUUUUGUUGGAAAACAAUUUUGUGUUGUUUUAAACUAAGUAUUUCAGUAGCUCUAUCUUGGAAAAAUGCAUCAUUUCACUGUAAAAGCAUUCCCCGAGAGCUGUUUAUAUCGUGACAGUGGCCGUCGUUUCUAAAAAUAGAAGAUCAGAAAAGGAAUCGUCCGCUUUACUAAUUUACAUAUUGAGAGCCGACCAGUAGAUUAGAAAUAUCAAAAGAUUUCCUUAUUGUACUUUAAUGAGGGCAAAUUUCAUUUUAUACCUUAAUUCUUUUGAUUUGACAAUUAUAUGAAAUGAUUUAUCUAAAAUUAUAACGUAUUUAACCUUUAGAAAAGCUGAAGGCCGCUUUAAAGGGACUCCACUGAGGUUUUUUGACAUGAUGGGACUGGAAAUAAUUUUUUGAGAUUAUUACUCCAUUUGAUGUAGAUCUGUACUAAGAACUUAUGUGCAAAAUUUCAGAUCAUUAGUUCGCUCCGUUUUUCAAGAAUAAUUAUUAUAAUAGUGAAAAAUGACCCAAAAUUGAAAAAUUAAACGCUUUUCAAUCAAAUCGGACUGAGAAUAACACAAACAUACAUUGUCAAUGUAUCUCUUGUAUAUUUCUUAGUUAUAUUUAAUUUAUUAUUAAUUAGGCUUAUCAACAUCAGUGGAGUUCCUUUAAUGAAGAUUAAAUUAUAACACCAUAAUGCUCACAUGAUGAAUUUGACAUUCCACGGAAGAAAACAGAUUAUUCAGGAAAAGAAAUAGUUGGAAUUUUCUAUUUAUAGACAUUCAUAUUGUGUUGUUGUUAUUUUUUCUUGUACUGUUCUUUACCUAAUUUUUGUAUAAAAUACUCUUUUCCUCCUUUUUGUAGUUAGUUUAUCAGUCAGUGCGUUCUAUGAAAUAGUGUUGGUAUUUUACUGAAAUUGUAAUUUAAAAGUAAUAAUUUGAAUUUUGUCUUCUAAUUUAGAUUUUGACUGAUUGUGUAAAAUAGAUUUUUUCCUUCAUUUUUUGUAAUAUAGUGAAUGUGUGAAAUUUAGCUUUAAAAGCAUCAUUGUAUGAUUUUCAGGGCUGCCAUUAAAAUGUUUUCUCAGGCAGUUUUGUUUUGAAAUUGAUGGGUUUUAUCACCUACAACAAAGGAUGUUUUCUAUGUUUUGAGUGGAUAUUUACAGUAAAAUUCCUAUUAAACGCCCACGGGGGCUCAACAUUUUCCAGAAGGGGGGCUAUUACUACACCAUAUUUUUUCCUAAAUCCAAAAAUCUUUGUAAAUACAUUUAAUGUUAGCAUGUGUUGGUAAUAACAUUAAAAGGUGUCAAGGUUUUGAUGUUUAUAUGAUACAUUUUUGUGUUUACUAAAAAAAUAUAAAUUAUUCUGAAUGAUUUGAAUAAAGUUAUGGAUUUACUCAUGAGUUCAGCACUGAUGAGUAGGUUUUUUCCUAUCAAAUAGCCUGGGGGUAUCAGUGGGUGGGGGGGGGGGGGGGUUCUUUAUUAGGGAAGGGGCGUUUAUGAGCAAUUUUACUGCAUAUCAUUUUGGCCGACAUCUACUUUCUAAUGGCAGCCCUGAGUUUGGUUUGAUUUUAUAUGGCUUAUUAUUAUUUUUCUAUUCAUAUUCAUAUAAUUAUGGUAAGGACCAUUUUAUUGAACAAGUUUGAUAUGUUGAUGUAAAUUUGAGACAAGAGCCACCUAUAUUGUACUAUGGUAGUCUAAUUUAUUCUGAUUUUAGUCGUUGCAAAUGUUUGUUCGUUUACAGAAUCUCAGAGGUGAAUGUUAGAGUUUUAAGAGUGCAGGGCAAUACUAAUGCGAAAAGGUUGAUAAUAGUUCAGGGCAAUAUUGUUGUGAAAAGGUUGAUAAUAGUUCAGGGCAAUAUUGUUGUGAAAAGGUUGAAAAUAGUUCAGGGCAAUAUUGUUGUGAAAAAACAGAUGGAGGUAGAGAGCGAGGGACAAAUACAGGGAGGAGAAAAACACAUAGAAUCAGUUCAGGGCAGUACUGUUGUGAAAUAUCAGAUAAUUAGUUCAGGGCAAUACUGUUGUAAAAUAUCAGACAUAGAGUUCAGGGCAAUAUUGCUGUGAAAUGGCAGAUAGAGUGUUCAGGACAAUAUUGCUUUAAAAUAACAGAAACAGAUUUCAGGGCAAUAUUUUGAUGUAGAGCUCUAAACUGAGACGUUGGUUGGGGUACUAAGUUUUGAAUCCUGUUGGAUCAUGGUUCAGGUCAUUUAUGCUCAAAAUAAGGUUUUUGUAUGCUUCUUCAUGGUUAGACCAUGCUUGUUUGUUAAAGGAGCAGGUUUUGUGUCACCAACAAACGUGUUCUUAACUUAAUUGAUCAAAGUAAUUUUGUGUGCAAAGAUAGAAGAUUAAAAUCCGAAUCUCAGUGUGGAAUGAAAUUCUUUCGUAGAUAUUUUUUGUGUAUUACUCAUACAAGUGAUUUAGGGUGUUUUUGUAAUUGUUUUUUUUGGGGGGUGGGUGGGUAGGGCAUAUUUUUUUCUAUAAGAUCUAGAUUUUUUUUGUUAUCUACUGUAUAGCUUGUCUUUCACAGUAUUUUUUUCAUCUUUGUUUUUUUAUUAUCUUUUUCUUCCUUUUAUGUUACCUACAAACCUUUUGUUGACCAGUUGAAUGAUCAAUUCAUUAUGUUGUACAUUUAUUGUAAUGUAUGUGUUUUUCUCUUCAUUAAGAUAUUUGUUUUUUGUUUCAUUAAGAUAUGUGUUUUUUCUUUUUAUUAAGAUAUGUGUUUUUGCAUCUCAUUAAAGUAUGAACAUAUGUUUUUGUCCUAAGUCCUAACUUACUAUCCUGUACAUAAUUUAGAAAUUUCUCUUGAUGCAUAUAAUUGGAGAAGAAUAAAUAUUGUAUUUUCUUUUACAUUAUAUUUGAUUGUACUAU